GCUUUCAGGCCAUGCUGACCAAUCAGAGCGCGGGGAGGGGCGUGGCCUGGCGGCGCCGCGGAGCCGGGAGGGUCCGAGCCGAGGGAACCGAACCGGGACCGAACCGGGGGAACCGGGACCGAGCCGGGGGAACCGGGACGGAGCCGAGAGGACCGGGACCGGCAGCAACAGGGACCGGCACCGGGAUACGGACAGGCAUCGGGAUCCACCGGUACGGGGACAGAGACAGCGACCAAUUGCCCCCACCGGCACCGGGACCGACUGGGACAGACCGGGACCAAUCGCUCCCAUCGGGAUUGAUCGGCACCGGCACCGGGGCUGAUCGCCCCAAGCGGCAUUGACCCCGGUCAGAAACAGCGACCGCCCGCUCUCACCGGGGCGUCGCGGCCACCGUAGCCCCGCCCCCGCCAUGUCCCACGCGGUGCUGCUGCUGCGGCGGCACCGGCACCGGGAACAGAAGCGGGACAGCGACGAGGAACAGGACCGGGAGCGGGAGCAGGGCUGUGACAGAGACCGGGAGCAGCACCGGGAGCGGGAUGAACCCCACGAGCGGUCCCGCGAUCAGUGCCGCGCUCAUCAGGACCGGCACCCCGCACCCACCCGGAUCUCCCUCCCCGCUCCCCCCGCUGCUCCCCCAUCCCCGAUCCCCCGCCGCGGCCGCCGCCGCCGCCGCCCGUACCCAGCCCAGCGCAUUUACCGGGUGCGCUGCUCCUUCCUGGAGCUGAGCGACGAGCAGGCGCUGCGGCGCUGCCGCCUGGACCGUGCGGCCAUCGCGGCGCUGUGCCGGGAGCUCGGUGCCGACCUUCAGAGCCUCACGGGCCGCAGCCACGCUCUGCCCGUGGCCGUCAAAGUCACCUCGGCCUUGGCCUUCCUGGCCUCGGGCUCCUUCCAGACGGCGUCGCGCCUCAGCACGGGCAUCAGCCAGUCGGCCAUGUCCAACUGCCUGGCGCAGUUCCUGGCGGCCUUGCAGCGGCGGGCGGGCCGCUACAUCGCCUUCCCGCCGCCGCCCGCGCCCCCCGGCGACCCCGCGGCGCUGCCCGGGGUGCUGGGCUUGGUGGGCGCCAUGCACGUGGCGCUGAGGGCACCGGCGGAUAACGAGCCCUUGUUCCGCAACGCCGCCAACUUCCACUCCAUCAACAUGCAGGUGGUGUGCGACCGCCAGGGCCACAUCACCAACGUGGUGGCCAAGUUCCCCGGCUCGUGCGCCAACGCCACCGUGCUGGAGAACUCGGCCCUGGCGCGCCUGAUGGAGGGCAGCAGGCCCGAGGGGGUCUGGCUGCUGGGUGACGGCUCGUACCCGCUGAAGCCGUGGCUGCUGACGCCCAUCGCGGGCCCGCGGGGCGCGGCCGAGCUGCGCUACAACGCGCUGCACUCGCGCACGCUGGCCCCGCUGCGACGCUGCGCGCUGCUGCGCCGCCUUCCGCUGCCUGGCGGGCGGGGGGCUCCAGACGCCGACAUUCCCACUGCCGCCUUCCCAGAACCCCCCUAA